AAGGCGGCGCAGGGCGGCCAUUUUGAGCCUAACAUUUAGAAGUAGGAGGAUGUUUACUAGCCCUGUGUAGUGUGAAAGAAUUUGUGACCAAAAAUAAUGACUACAAACCCACACGGAUUACUCAAAGAUGUGUCCUAAUGUGCAUCGGACGUUCUUCUUGCCGGAUUGAACUCCGAAGGUUACCGAUGGGAACCCUUUUGUCGUAAAACCUGAUCGCAAUCAGAGGCGACAUAAGCGGACGUUGCCCAUUGGGCCUUUAUCUCCCUGGUGCUCGGGGCCAUGAUCCAGGUUGGCAGUGGGGAGUCCAAUGGAGAGCAGCAAGGAAAUGAGCAUGAACCCUUGCAGAGCACCACUCCUGCAGUCGCUAGUCUGUUACAAUCCACUCAAGGAUCUGGGGACCUACUCUCACAGCCAGCUAGGGUCCGACAGGUACGUAAUGUGGUGGCGGCCGAGGAGGUGGUGGCGCAGCCAGCUGUGAGCGUUGUGACAACCGUGGCGACAUCCUCCUAUCAGCACUACCUCAUUCCCGGUGUGUCGAUUGGAGGACAGAUUCAGAAUGUCACCAUUCCAGCGCAGGUGGCUGUGUCCAUGCAUGAGCAGCAGAGUCCGGGAGGCGGAGAGGGGGUUUCUUCUCCAACAUCUCUGGGCUCCCCUCAGAACCUGGCUCGAAUUCUGGCCGUGGCCACCCAGGGCUACGGCGCGCGGUCUCCCGCACCGGCCAAGAUCAGCCAGGCUCAGGGCCCCUCUCCUCGACCCACGGCCCGCCUCACGCCUGCGGCUCUCCUAGCAACCACGCAGCCCGCGGCGCAGCAGCAGGCGAUCGUCAUGGACUCCCUGCACUCGUACAGUCUUCCCAGCGGAGCAAGUAGUCACGUGGUGGUCCCCCCUCGAACUGUGUACCACCCCCAGGGGACGCAGAAGGUGACCACUGUCCAGUCGUCUGGGCAGCCGACCGGACACUUUGCAGUGCCGAAGCGGACUCUCUCUUCGUCCAGUGGGGUUGCGGUGAAAGGUGCGGGAGGUGGGGGGGUCCCAGUGUCCGGUGCGGAAAGUGCCAGGGCGGCCAAGAGGCCGAAGCUGGAGGCGCGGCCUCCGGCGACGGAGGAAGUGGCAGCUAUGAGGCAGAAGAUCCACGACUAUAGGAUACAGGAGCUUAGAAAGAACAAGGAGCGUUACGUGGAGCACCUGGCGGAGUUGUAUUUCCUCCAGAACGGUGGCAACAUGAUGGACUUCAUGGCGUGGAAGCGGAGGCCCAGUCCGCAACUUGUGGCGUUGCUCCGGGCGAAUGCGCUGGACAGCGAGGAUGAGGAGGAUCCCCUCCAAUUUCUGAACGUGCGGUCUGCGGAGACGGCGGCACAGUCCGCCGCGACGUCGGCGUCAGUGGCGUCGGGUGCAGCGGACGCAACGGCGGUUCCACAAGGGCAAACUGUUGGAGCGACACCAGCAGCUGCACCACCAUCACCCCCACCCACCAGUAUCAAGGGACCCUCACUGUCCCCGUCUAGUCAUUCCCAGUCUGUGCAGUCAACCCCACCUCGACCCCGAACCCCAGGAUCUCCAGUGGGCUCUCCAACCAGGCCGCCGCACGGUUCCCCAUCCCGUGUGAGGCCCACACCCUCUCCCGCCCUCGUGCUUCCAGCGGGGCGCCUGAGCACGCGGCAGCACUCCAUCUCCGCGGUGUACGACUCCUCCAUAGGAUCUCAGGAAGAGAUCGUGGAGAGGGCGAAGCAAGAGGCCUACGUCAUGCAACGCAUCGCCGAGCUGAGGAAGGAAGGCAUGUGGACGGCAAAGAGGUUGCCCAAAGUGCAAGAACCUCCCAGGGCAAAGGCACACUGGGAUUACCUGCUGGAGGAAAUGGUGUGGCUAGCAACAGACUUUGCGCAAGAACGGAAGUGGAAGAAAGCUGCCGCCAAGAAGUGUGCACGCAUGAUGAUGAAGUACCAUCAGGAACGUGAGCAGAAAGCGGAGAGGGCAGAAAAAGAAGAACUUCAAAGGCUGCGCAAAAUUGCUGGCCAAGUGGCGAAAGAAAUCAAGCUCUUCUGGACCAAUAUUGAGAAGCUAGUAGAGUACAAACAGCAGGCACGUCUCGACGAGAAGCGCAAGAAGGCCUUGGACCUGCAUUUGAACUUCAUCAUGGACCAAACUGAGAAGUACUCCACUUGGUUACGGGAAGGAAUGGCAGGUCAGGCCACUGCAGCUGCUCCUCCUUCAACGUCACAACCUGCUAGUCCGGCCAGGUCAGGUUCAUCCAAUGAUGAGGACUUUGAACCUGACGCAAGUGGUUCUGAUGAUGAGGAGACGAUUGACAGAGAGGAAACAGCUGCGUCUAUCAGCAGUGAGGAUCAGAAAAAGGAACUGGAGCUGCUGCAGCAGGAGAGCGAGUUGCCUCUGGAGCAGCUGCUGCCUCCUGAGAUUCUGGAGAAGCCAGCUUCCCCACUUCCUCCACAGGGGGGAGAAGAGGACAGCGAAAACGACGCGUCCUCCUCCUCCAGGGAGGCUGGCGAAGAAGAUGACGAGGAGGAAGAACAAAAAUCCAAGGCUAGUAAUGACAGCAGGACAGAUAAGAAGCACGACAUCAAGGUUGAAGAUGACGAAGAGUUCCAAAUGGAAGAAGAUGAAGGGGAUGAUGAGGCCACAAUGGAGGAACAGGAGGAAGUGGAAGGCAAUGUUGACUACACUGCUGAGAUCCAGGAACUACAAGAAGAAGGAGAGUUGUCCCUUGAAAUGCUGUAUGAGAAAUAUGGUGGGGCCUACACUAGUGACUUUGAAGUGCCUAAUUCUCCAGCUUCUGACGAAGACGAUGCUUCUGAUGACGAACAUGCAGACGACAACGACGGCGGCGGCUCCUCCGACGAAAAUUCGGAAGAUGAGGACGAGGACAUGGAAGACGAGGAAGAAGAGGACGAGGAGAUGGAAGAUUCUAGCGAUAGUGAGGUUCAAGACAUUGGAGUGGAGUAUCUUAUUCACCCGGAAGUUGAAGAAGGAAGUGCAGAAGUGAAGGAAGAGAAGAAAGAUGGUGAGACGUGUAAGGGUCCGACAAAGGAGAUCACGGACAUAGCGGCUACUGCGCAGAGCCUUCAGCCAAAAGGCAACACCUUGUCCACGACACAGGUGUGCACAAAGAUUCCCUGGCUGCUGAAGCAUACGAUGAGAGAGUAUCAGCACAUUGGCCUUGACUGGUUGGUGACAUUGCAUGCGAAGAAGCUUAAUGGGAUUCUGGCUGAUGAGAUGGGACUUGGCAAAACCAUACAAACCAUUUCCCUGCUUGCGCACUUGGCCUGUGAAAAAGGUGUCUGGGGGCCGCACCUUAUUGUUGUGCCAACGAGUGUGAUGCUAAAUUGGGAGAUGGAGUUCAAGAAGUGGUGCCCAGCAUUUAAAAUUCUCACCUACUAUGGAAUUCCGAAAGAGAGGAAACAGAAGCGGCAGGGAUGGACAAAACCAAAUGCAUUUCAUGUGUGCAUAACGUCGUACAAGCUGGUGGUGCAGGACCAUCAGGCAUUUCGACGGAAGAAGUGGAAGUAUCUGAUCCUUGACGAGGCACAGCACAUAAAGAAUUUUAAGUCCCAGCGGUGGCAGAUGCUGCUAAACUUUCAGACGUCUCGGCGUCUUCUGCUCACCGGAACCCCUCUGCAGAACAGCCUGAUGGAACUUUGGUCCCUGAUGCACUUCCUCAUGCCCAACGUGUUCCAGUCGCACAGAGAGUUCCGGGAGUGGUUUGUUAACCCUGUCACGGGCAUGAUCGAGGGCAACAAUGAAUAUAACGAAAGUCUGAUCAAGAGGCUUCACAAGGUCCUGCGGCCUUUCCUCCUGCGCAGGUUGAAAUGCGAAGUAGAAAAGCAGCUCCCGAAAAAGUAUGAGCAUGUGGUGCUGUGCAGACUGUCAACGCGGCAGCGUUACCUUUAUGAUGACUUCAUGUCUCAGACUAAGACAAAGGAGACUUUGGCAACAGGAAGCUUCAUGAGUGUCAUCAACAUCCUUAUGCAGCUACGGAAAGUGUGCAAUCAUCCAAACAUGUUUGAGCCGAGGCCCAUCAUGUCGCCAUUCCGCAUGGAAGGGCUCGUGUAUUAUACUGCCUCCUGUGUAUAUGACAUUUGUAAAUACAACCCAUUCAAGCAUGUGAGCCUCUCGGCGCUCAACCUCCUCCUAGCAGAUGUGGAACUCUGCCUUACUGCAUUUGCUGCACAUCGCAUCAAGAAGUUUCAAACCCCAUGCCACUACAUAGAGUCCAUCGACAGCCACCCACGGCCUCCACCGCGAUGUCCACCAGGGAAAAUCAGGCUGCACAUUCGCACCUCGGCAACUCCGUCUGCUGCCAGCCAGGCAUCGCAGGCACGGGGUUCCACCGCUGCAGCUGGUGCUGGCCAGGCCUACUCAACUGCUCGGCUAGUCUCUGCACAUCAGGGUGCAGGAGGAGUAGUGGUACGGCCUGCCGUUGGAUCGGCGUCCUUUGCAUUGGCGAGGGCGGGUGCAGUCGGCCAGCAGCAACAGCAGCGUCUGGUGGUGGUGUCGACACCUGGGUCUGCGCCGUCAUCUCGCGCGCAGAGCCCGAUAGCUCAGGUUGCGCCAGGACAGGCCACUUCUGGCAGUGGGGGAGAAUACAUGUUGCAGCUUGUGCAAAAAUCCAACACUGUGGCGGGAAGUGGUGCUGUGGUCGGUUCUCCUAUCACUGUCCAAAUUCAGCAGUCCGGACACGGCAGUCCCCGGCUCUCGGUGCCCCUCGGCAUAGGCCGCAUUGUGCAGACGACUAGCGGACAGCACCUGUUGCUGACUCCAGCUGCCGCUGCGGAUGGAACGGGUCCAUCUGGUCAGCCACAGCUCCAGCAGCAACAGGCGGUAGUCUGUCAGCCUCAGGUGGCCAGGCAACUGGUCAGCCAGACAUCUCAUAGCACUGCUGCUACCGGGGCACGUGUGACAGUGGCCAUGGCCCCGUCCACAACGGCACAACCAGUCACGAAGGUGGUCUCUUCGUCCGCGAACGGCACGCCCGUACAGCAGGGUCCCGGCAACAAGCCCAUGGUGCGAGUGGCUCCCCUAACAGUUGGCAACGCGUCGAAGAAUGCCCUGAAUGCGAAAACGCCCUCUGGAACCAAAGUUGCCGCGACGCACCACCAUUUUUCCCGUCAGCUGCCCGGCUCAACGGAUCCGAAGAGCCCCUUCUACAUGGACUCCCUGGAGAACCGGCGGAGGCAACGACACAGGGAGAAGCUGCGGCUACUGGGCCGCACCAACGCUCUCCGUUGCGCCGCCUGCCCCACCUACGGCAGGGACCUGGUGGAGGCCGUGACCGUGGUGCAGGACGUGCGGCCCCCCACCAAGGGAAGGGCGUGGGGCGGGGCUGGCUACGUGCACUGCUUGCACGCCCCCGUGGAGCAGCCGGCGAGGUACUGGCCUCACAACACUCAGGCCCUCAGUGACCUGGUUCACACGCCUCCCAUCCUCCUGGAACGCUUGCGGGACAUUGUGUCCAGGUUUGUAUUUGCUGUACCUGGUGUAAUGGCGUCGCCAAUUCAGAUGCAUGUCUCCCACCCUCCACCGUCUGCAUUAAAUGGCGAGCGAGUGCUGCAGCAGAGGUUACACGAAGAAUUGAGCCAUCGAUGUGCCUUUCUACACCCUAUUGCGAGCAACCUGCAGACCCAGUUUCCAGAGCUGCGGCUAAUACAGUAUGACUGUGGGAAACUCCAAGUGUUGGACAAGCUGCUGUGGCAGUUGAGAAGUGGCGCGCACCGUGUUCUCAUCUUUACACAAAUGACUCGAAUGCUGGACAUUCUGGAACAGUUCCUCAACUAUCACGGUCACACGUACCUCCGACUGGACGGCAACACCCGCGUCGACCAGCGGCAGGCCCUCAUGGAGCGCUUCAACGCGGACAAGCGCAUAUUUUGCUUCAUCCUCUCCACAAGAUCCGGAGGCAUUGGUGUCAACCUCACCGGAGCGGACACGGUCAUCUUCUACGACAGCGAUUGGAAUCCUACCAUGGAUGCGCAGGCUCAAGAUCGGUGCCACAGGAUAGGGCAGACGAGGGACGUGCACAUCUACAGGUUAAUCAGCGAGAGGACAGUUGAAGAGAACAUACUCAAGAAAGCAAACCAGAAGCGUCUUCUGGGUGACCUGGCUAUUGAGGGUGGUAACUUCACCACUGCAUUUUUCAAGAGGAAUGCCAUCAAGGACCUUUUCGGAGUUGAAUUUGACCUGAGUGCUGUGGAAAACAAAGAUGAUCUUCUGAAGGAAGAGAAAGCUGAGGCUGAGAAAUUUACUCCCAUGGAGUUCGAAAAGGCUUUAGGCAUGGCAGAAGAAGAACUAGAUGUGCAAGCAGCUACGACUGCACGUGCGGAAGCAGCUGCCGAGCUAGCAGAAUUUGACGAGUCAAUUCCACUGGAUACAGACAGCCGCGACAACGAAGACAAAUCUCAGGCUGAAGAGGAACUGGAUAAGCUUAUGGACCAGCUGACCCCAGUAGAGAAAUAUGCUAUGCAGUUCCUGGAGUCCCUCCAAGAGCCUCUAACACUUGAGCAGCUGAAGCAAGCGGAGGAGGAGAUCGAAGCCCAGAAGAAGGACUGGGAGCUGGGACGUCUGAAGGCCAUCAAGGAAGAAGAAGAGAGGCGUGCUGGAACCCUGGAAGACGAGGACGGGCCACAGUUGGUUUACUCAAGGGAAGACGCUUACACCCAGGUGUUCGUGUCCAUGAAUAAUCACGAGCAAAUGCCGAUCUGGGCACCCCCGACUCCACCUCAGGACGAAAAUGAUCUGUAUAUUGACUAUAGCACAGGAUUCUUGUAUGAACCUUCAGUGAUGCCAGAAUCCAGCCUGCCAGCAGUUUAUAUCAAGCGAGAAGAAAAGCGACUUAAGGCAGACCACAUCUCCACAGCCGCGUCUAGGAAACAGAAAGCACGCAAAGAAGAUGCAGUUCACAUCCCCAAGUCCUUGUUUGAUCGACCAACGGCGGCCAUUCUCAAGAUGCGCCGAGAAGCAAAGAUGCAGAAAGUCAAGAGUCUCAUCGUGUCUGGGCCGUCUGGAACGAUAGGGGGAUCUCUCUCGUUGCCCACUGCUCGACAGGCAGCGACGUCAGGUUUCGUGGGCGCACGCCCCAUAGUGGACGUCUGCCAGGAUACCCCCGAAUGGCUCAUUCAUGAAGACUGGGCUGUGCUGCAGGUCAUUCAACAACUGCAAGACAUUCCCCUCAGUCUGACAGUGCUUUCACCAGGCCACACUCCGAACUGGGACUUGGUAUCUGAUGUGGUGAACUCCGUAAGCCGUAUUUUUCGUUCUCCAAAGCAAGCCAAAGACCGCUACGAGUCUGUCAUCGUGCCCCGCGAGGAAGGCAAGAUAUUGUAUGACACGAACCCCAAAAAGCAGAAGAAGACCAAGGGAAUUUACAAGACAAAGAACAACAGAGCAAUGCGAACUGGUCAGCUGUUCCAGCAAGAUGGCAAUCAAUCCUUUACAACGCUGUACAACACACGUUUUGAGACAAUUCGUGCAGUUGCCAGCAAACGUACGCCUACACUGAAACCAUUGUUCACCAACCCAACUGCUAAGAACCCGAAGCAUGCAGCCGUCCUGUCCGAGAAUGGCAUCAACUACGAGCAGCCCUUGAACCCGGUCAAGCUGGCGACGAUCAGAGCAGAGCGUAUCGCACGAGAGAAGCAGAAGACACAGGUGGCAGCGGAGGCGCAGAGACAACAGGUGCAGGCAAUGCAGGCGGGACAGACACCAGCAAUAGCAACUGCUGGUGCUGCACCAACUGCGACUGUCCUAGCACCGCAGCAAGUGACCACCCAGGCCGUCCUGGCCACCCUCUCUCAAUCCCAGCAGCAGCAGCUGCAGGCAGCUACGGGGCAGUUGGCAGUGACAACUGUUUCGCUGGCUAAGACCCUCGGAAGUGGCAUCCUGGUAAGCACAGCUGGUAGUACAGCUGCACCAACAUUUGCUGUCACAAAAGUUCCAGUCACUGCAGUGGCCUCAUUGACACCGGCAACACUUCGCGUACAGCAAAGACCGCAGGCUGCAGCACCAGGUGCUACGACGGUGCAGGAAAUGGUAGCUGCUGCAGCUGCUGGGAGGACACUCACUGCAGCGCAGACUGUUGCAGCAAUCGCAACAGCAACAACGACCACUGCUGUGGCAUCGGGAGCAACUAUACCAGCUGUGGUGUCUGUGACGGGGCUGUCGCCAGCUCAGUUGCAGGCAGCCGCUGCUACACAAAGAAUAUCUGCCGUAGCUGCAGUGGGACAAGUGUCUGCGGCACAAGCUGGAGCAGCAGUGGCUGCAGGACGCAACCUCACACCUUCCCAGUUACAAGCCAUUCGUCAGGCAUCCUUCAUACGUCAGCAACAACAGCAGCAACAACAACAGAGGUUGCAGGAACAACUGAAGCAACAGCAGCAGCUGAAACGAAUUCAACAAGCUCAGCAGCAAGCAUCGGCAGUGACGGUGGCGACCGCCGCAAGUCCUGUCGUAACCGCAGCCACUACGGCUAAGGUUGCGGUGUCUGUGGCUUUGACUCCAGCACAGCAGAGGGCAGUACAGCAGCACGCAGCAGUUGCAGGUGGCUCGAAGCAGCCUGUUGCCAAGCAAGCCAUUGCAAGAACCCUCACUGAAGCUGAGAUGGCUCAGCUGAUGAAACGACAACAAUUUCAGCAGAAGCAGCAACUUCAGGCAGCUCACUUGCUGGCUCAAGCACAACACCAACAACAGCAAAUAACCCAGCAGGCUCUCACUGGGGCAGUGCAAACACCUGUGGCUACCCUCGUAAAGACGGUGUCUGCCCCAUCGUCACUAGGUGCCAGCUCAUCUUCAGUGACGAUACCCGUGUCAGCUGUCACAAUGGCUGGAGUGAAUAUCAACGUCAGCAUGCCGCAGGCAAAAAUAGGAGCAACGUCAAAGCCAGCCACGGGAGGAUCAGUAACGUCGCAGCAGAUGCAAAUGAGGCAGCUGCAGAUCCAGCAGCACAUCUUGCAACAGCAGCAGCGGAAAGUGCAACUGCAGGCGCAGCAGAAAGUGGCAGGCUUGACGCAGGCUCAAAUGCAGGCCAAAGGCACCUCUUCUGUUGCAACACAAUUGGGAACUGUGCAGAUUGUGCAGCAAGGGGCAGGACAGCCUGGAAAAGCUGCUCUGCCUUCAGCCACAGCAAUCGUGCAGCAGAUUAUCAAGCAAGUGGUUCCUGUCAACCAGAAUUUUGUCGUUUCUGGAGCUGGCCCAGCCACAGCCAGUGCAGGCACGGCCGUGACUGUUAGCUCCCCAGCAAGUCCUGCGGCACAAGUGCAUGCCAUGCUGCAGAAAUCGCAGCAGCAUGGCGCCACUGUAGCCCUGGCGUCCACCACCAGCACUGCUACCCUAGUGCCCACAAGAAUCAUGACCCUGGGUGCUGCUGCACCCACUGUCCAAGGACAGGCCGUCACUUUAAAGCAAGGCCUACAGGCUGUUCAGCCACCUGAUGCGCCAGGCAAGCGCGGAGGUGGCACCCCUUCCACGUCCGAAAGCAGAUUAUGAUGGCCUCACCAAGAAAAUUUCCUGCUACCCACCACCCUCUACCAUGAUCCCUACCAGGUCAUCACCGCACCUACCUCGACUUACGCUGUCGAAAGUGGUCCGCUGCUGACAUCAGUUGCGGCUGUCGUCGCGGACCCCUCUGCGAAAGAAUCCACAAGGGCGACGGACGCAAGCGACCCACAGGUUGCUGCCGUCGGCGCAUUUGCUGCUACCGCGGCGCCUAACGUUACAGCUCCAAUGUGUGAGACUGGUACCCCAAGGACCCAAGCUGCAUCAGCUGAUGUGAACGCUGCAACUGUCCAGGCUGUGCAGGCCGCCAUAGAAGCUGCUCGUCAGCAGGGGGCGCUCCCGUACACCAUGAGAUUGCGGAGCACACCACCGAAACUAUAGCACCCACUUGAGUUCGUUUCCCCGAAGGACGGAAAAAUGUCCUCCGACUUGCAAGGGCAAAAGCUUUUGCCCGGAAAAACAUGAAUUACAGUUGUUCGGGCUUUUAUUGUGCCCAUGUCUUUGUAGUGAAAUGAAAUAUUCUUAGAUUUUUUGGAAUACAGGCAGAUCUUUACAUGUGGCCUUGUGGUUCACUUUCGAGAAAUGUUCAGCAGUGGUAGUGAGGUCCUAAGCGGCACAACAUCGGCAAUAUUGGCAAUGUCGGCCCAAUAUUGAGCCGGUAUUGCCAAUAUUGGGCAAAGAUGUUGCGCUGCGUGGGGUAACAAACAUGUCGUAACAGUCGGGCCCCGUUUGUCGCUGUGGUCAAGCCUUUGUGCCCUCCUUUGUCUGCGAUUUCUUUCUCGAGUUUUUCUUCCCAUGUAGAGGCUGUCGUCAGUAGUCUCACGAGUUGCUCCCUCUGACAUUGUACGUGCAGGAUGCAGCGAUGCGUUAACCCAAGGGUGUCGUCAGAAGAGGGUUCUGAGUACAACUAGUAACAUUUCUUUUAUUUUUUUUUAUUGUAGUUGCCUUGGCAGUGUAUGACGUACCCAUGCUCUCUGCACUUCGAGCAUGCACCAAUAAACGCGUCUUAGGAAGUUUAAUUCCUUUUUGUAAGUGCUGGUUGAUCACAGCUUAGUUGCGUUAAGCUUUUGUGAUAGGAUUGAGAGCUUUUGCAGUGUAAUUUAAUUAUGUGUAAGCGAUGGGCAUGUUUUCUGUGCCAUAGGAAUCCUCUGCAGUUGUGAUGUAUAAAUAUGAACUCAUCUUGUAAAUAGGUCGCAUACCGAACACGAGUACCAUUUUGUUAGGUCAUUUGAAUGUCCAUGCUGUACAAACAAUUUUCAUAUGUGCUGUAGCACAAUCUUUUUUUAUUAUCCAUUUUGUAAUUUAUAAUAAAGUAUGUUUUUGUAUAAAUGUAA